AUGAAGGGGGGAGCCGUGAAUAUUCAUAGGUAUGUGGUAGCAUGGCGACUGCAUCCUAUAAAUAUUGCAGCCCCUUCCGCAUGAACUACCCGUAUCUGCUUUUGCCUCUGAUGACGGGUUCGAGCAGGAAUCCGAAACGUCAGGCGAAUAAAACUCUCGUCCCAGCGAUCGCGCAUCAUUCUUCACAUUUGGACAUCUAUCAUAUCACCUGGGAAAUCAAUCUUCCAAAAGCCCAAUUACUUGAGUAGUGUCUUUUGUGGUACUUCUCGAUAAUUGUACACACUUUGCCAUAUUUUAUGGAGUGAGAGAAGAAAACUUCUUUCCCAUGUACGAAUUCCGUAGGAUCAUCUGCUUUCUUUAAACAUACUCUUUGGGAAAAAGAAAUAUUUAUGUUUUUUCCAAAAAAACAUGAAUUGUGAAUUUAUCGGGGACGUUAGCGUGAAUAUUCAUGUGACCGAAUGCCUUCCAGUUCAUGCAAUGAAGUUCAUACAGAAUGGCCCGCAAGUCGUUAUCGACAAUUACUCUUUGAUUUUGUUUCAGAUAUUGAAAAAUUGUUCCCUGGAAAUGUGCUACGGAAAGUUUCAUGAUGAUGCAGUGUUCGAAAAGCACUGAAUAUUGCUUCGAGGUAAAGUCUAACAAACAAAAAAGCAUUUACUUUUAAAUGACAAAACAUCAAAGCCCUCUUUGUAUGAAUGUGUGUGGCCGUGUUAUUUUGUUCUAGGGGAAAUAUAUGGCGUGUAGCCUAGUUUUGAUUCAACGUAUCGAGGCACUGUUAUGUCGUUUUUACAACAAAAAAAUCUCCAAGCAAACUUAUUCAGAAAAAAACAGUGUUUUAUAAAAUGAGUGUAAGAAAGGAAUGCCUAGUGUACUUAUCCUUUAACUUAUUACAAAAUGAAUACAGGCACCGAACCCCAUUGUAAAAUGCAGCGAAUUCAAGUGACAAACAUUUUGCGAGCCUGAAUCACGUAGGCGUGUGGAAAGCUGAUCAGCCGGCAGCCCUCACGCUCGGGAGUGGGUUCCCUGGCGAUAAGCCCUGCAUCCGCAUACAUGUCAUGCCGAACGAAAUAUGAAUCAAAACGGACAUCUAGUCCGAAACGGCCCGAUAGAGUUGCACAAGGUAACACAAGUGGUACAGAUCGAAUAUCAGACUAUGGGAAGUAAAAAACCCGGAUUCUUUUAGCGUUUCAGCGUCUAAAUCCGUGGAUAAAUUUUGGCGGAGACGCAGACCUCUGUGAUCGAUUAUCUCAUGUGUCGGUCGAGUGCGUCUGUGUCUAUGAGCGGGAACGCGCAACAUACUGGCUUACAGACUUGCUACCCCAGCGGCCUCCGCACCGCACUACUCGAGUACCCUCGAGGCCAGCCCGCAGAGUGCAAGCAGUGACUUGGCGCGAACAUUUCAAAGACCAUGCUGACUAUUUUUAUCGGGUAUUUAGUAAUCAGAGGUGGGUGGUGGGCUUCUUUUAAGUACGAUCUGACGGGCUGCCGUAGCAUGGAUGAUUACUGAAAAAGGCCUAGGGAAUAUUAUCUUAGAGCCUAGCAUGAGGUCCAACUGUGCAUUAAAUGCCCCAGUUUUAGACCUCCAACUGUUUUAAUAUUCUAACUAUAUGCCCCCAGUCUUGAAUGAAUGGCCGCAGGAAAUCUCACGGAGUUAUCUGAUCAACAACUUGACAUUUGGCGAAACCGUCAGAUGUUACCGAUGGAUUUGCGCAGGCGGACGUUUGUUGACGAAUAAUUCGCAGCUACUGAUAAUUUCGUCAUUUUUUCUAACUGUUUAUGCGUAGCGAUCUGAAAAGAUCCAGUCAGGGUGGGUGAAACAUGCGAUCAAAAUACUCUUGCAAGGGAACUCUGUUCCCUUGACAUUUUUCAUGAAAUAUCAGUCGAGUAUAGAAUACCUUCGAAUGUUUCUCUGACCGAUAUGCAGAAUGGUUGGGAAAGAGUAGGCGAUGCCAAAUUAAAGAGUAGAAGAGCACGUAGGUUGGGGUCAGGUUCCCGUGGCUUUUUUUAAAGCCAAGAACUCUUACUAUAACGACAGUUCGACCGUCGUGACUGACGAUGUCCACCGUGUGUUCCACAGCAAGGCGAAUCAGGAAUGGUAACAUGCGCGUAAAUUAGUCUAUAGUGAGAAUAAACUUACGCAGCAUCUACCACACUCCUCCCUCCUCCUCCUCCUCCUCCUCCUCCUCCUCCUCCUCCUCCUCCUCUCCUCCUCCUCCCCCUCCUCCUCCUCCUUCUUCUUCUUCUUCUUCUUCUUCUUCUUCUUCUUCUUCUCCUCCUCCCCACCUCGUCCCGUGUCAAGAAGGCCGGAAGUGAGGGAGGGCGCAGGUGGCUGGCACGGCCGGACCCGCGCCUAG